UGCUUCGAAGUUUAAAAUUCUUCAUCACUCUUCCUGAAAAAAAAAAAUAUCGAGACUGAAGCUCUGUGGUCCUAGCCGGACUUUCAAUCAAGAUGAAUGUUAUUAUGACCAUCGGUUGGACAUGGUGGACGCUAUCAGUAGUGGUCAGUAUACUCUCUCCUUCCACUGCACAGCCUUCAAAUGUGACGAAUUUUUGUAAUGUGACCUGGAACCCAAACUAUACGCUUCAAUGUAUGUCUUCUCGUCAAAUAGACCUUCUAGGUGUCAAGGAGGUCUACUGGUUAAAACACAGUAACGAUUGUUCCUGUCCUAAUUUCACAAAGAAUUCAACCUGGCCUUCGAACUUCUUAGACAUCAGCAAUGAUAUUAUACCGCUCAGUAACACCAGUAAAGGAAAUCCAAAUAUAUCCUACAGCAACUGCAGCACUACCUACAACCAUUCUUGUAGUAACUUCACCAUCCUCUUCAACUAUACCUGCACGCUUACUUAUGAGAAUGGAAGCAGCAUGAACGUUACCUGCCACUUUAUGCCCAACACACUUCAACUCAAUAUUCUGAAGAAACAAAUUCCAAAGCAUCUUUUCAAUAUGACCAGAGCACUCGCCUUGGGUUUGUAUCUCUUCAAAAAGCGAAGAAAGAUGUCCGAACGUCAUCGCCAAGUGAUGUCCACUCAUCCAGCGCUGCCACCUGGGCAUCAUCCUUCAGUGACCAUCUUCACCAAUUGGAAGAACACUGACCAGAAACCAAAUCCGCUGGAGGAGAUCCCACGCAAGAAAAUUGUGUUCCUCCAGACCAUAGGGAAAGGAAUGUUUGGGACCGUGGCCAAAGCGGAUGUCCUAAACAUUAACAAUGUGAAAGGAAGCGGGGCCAAACGCUGGACAACAGCCGCCAUCAAGAUGACACUUAUCGCAGAUCGAGUGCACGAGGACGCCAAGGCUGACUUCCUGGCAGAGCUGACGCUGAUGAAGUCCAUACCGCCACACCCCAACAUCAUCAAGAUGUACGGGAGCUGCACGGCGCACGAUCCCUACUUGAUGAUUUUAGAGUUUGCGUGUCAUGGCGACCUCAAGAAAUAUCUCCAGGACCAGAGGAUGGAAAGAAACUACGCCAACGCUGCUUUCAGUGCCUACGGCGUGCGCCCCGUCACUGACGCCACGACACCUCAGCUCCCUCUGGGCGUGAUCAACCAGGGCUACACAGAGUCAGUCAAUGAAAGAUACGUCACCAUGUCCAAAGGAGGGCUACUAACCUCGCGGACAUUGCUAUCCUUUGCCCUGCAGAUAGGUCACGGACUGGAGCAUCUGGCUGACACCAAGAUUGUACACCGCGAUGUGGCUGCAAGAAACAUACUUCUGUUUGAGCAUAACGUGGUGAAGAUAUCUGACUUCGGAUUGGCCAGGAGAGUAGGUCAAGGUGACGUGUACGAGAGGACACGAAAAGGUUUGCUGCCUGUUCGAUGGAUGUCACCCGAGUCUUUGUUCUACAACCAGUACAGUCAAGCUUCUGACGUCUGGUCAUACGGUGUCUUUUUGUGGGAGCUUGUCACCUUAGGCUCCACUCCGUACCCUGGCUUAGAUACCAACCAAGUCCUGGACAAAAUCAAAGAUGGCGAACUGUUGACAUGCCCUCCGCAUACGUCAGAUGUCAUAAAUGACCUGAUGCUAUCUUGCUGGACCAGCGACUUCUCCAAACGUCCGACUUUUAGUGAAGUGUGUGCCAAACUGGACAAGCUCCUUGAGGCUCAGGUGGAGUACGUCGACCUGGACCAGAUGGAUGACCAUGAGUAUAGCACACUUAAUGACUGACCGUCUUUCAUUCUAAUUUAUUGAAUAUUUUCAAAAAGAAAAUGUUAAUGUUUAAUUUAUUAAGGUCCAUGUUUGUGUUUAAAUCAUUAUGGUCCAUUUUAAUCUUUAAAUCCUUAAGGUCCAUGUUUGUGUUUAAAUCAGUAUGGUUCAUGUUAAUGUUUAACUCUUUCUCUCCGUUAUGAUUUGUCCAUGUUUCGAAGGAAUUCAACAUUUUGAUCAUUACUAUUUCACUGACCUGUUAUGAUUACGCUUCAAUAGCUUUGUUGUUUGUUAUCAGAAAAUGUUGUAUUUGGUAUAAAAUUAAAGGAAAAUGCAUGCCUUUUUAUAUAAUACAAAGUCAAGUUUAUAAAAUUAAACAUUAAUUUAAUUUAAUGAGGUCAAAUCAACGAUGGUAUCGUCGAUUAGGAGAGAAAGAGACUAAAUCAUUAAGGUCCAUGUUAAUGUUUGAUAAUUAUUAUUGUACAAAAUAUAAAACACCAAAAUAUUACGUCCAAAAGUUUGUAUUGCAGUGAUUCUAAUGGCAUCCACACAAACAAACGUAAAUUAUUGUAUUGGUCUAUAUCCUAAACGUUCUAGUUCUGGUGGAGGACUCUGUAAGAUUACUGUUUAUAAAAUGGACCCCAAGUUAGAGAAGGAAGUGAGCGAUACUAUUUAUUGACCUCUGAACUUUCAAAGAUGUCAACGUUAGCUAUUAGAGAUUUUCACACAAAGAGGCGAAUCCACAGAGAGCUUUUGAAUGGAUAUGGAUCUACAGACUACGGAAGUAUUUUAACAAAGAAAUUGUUGUUAUUUUGUUAGCAAGUGUUAUAUUUUAAUAGAACUUCACUGUCAUUGAUUAUUUGUUCUAUUUAUCUAAAAAAAAAAAUUUUUAUUGAAUAAAAAUUUAA